AUGAAAGCAGUCAUCCUUCUCUCAGCCCUUGUGGCAAUCGUCGGAGUCUCGGCUACCCCAGCCCAAAUCAACUCCCAACGUGGACUUCAGGAAGAUCUGAACGAAUUCCUCGCCCUGGUCCCGAUCGACGAACUGGCCAAGCUAGCUCUCGGCUACUUCCAGAACGAUAAGGAAAUCCAGGAUGCCUUUGCCUACAUGCAGGGUAAGGAAUUCGCCGCCAUCUGGGAUCAGCUGUUUGCCCUCAAAGAAGUCAAGGAUCUGCUGAACUAUCUGGAGAAGGCUGGACUCAAGGUGUACGAUGCUCUCAACACGGUUGCCGAUUUCUUCGGGCUGAACCACGUUAAGCCAAUCCGAUCCACCUUGAAGACUGGAGGAUUGAACGGAUUCCUGGAAGAGGCCAUCGCUCUGCUGCCCAAGGAUAAACUGAAGGCUUUGUUCGAGGAAAAGCUGAAGACCAGCCCGGAGUUCAAGGCUCUGUUCGAGAAGCUGCAACAUGCCGACUUCCAGAAGCUGGUGGAGUUCUACAACAACUCCAAGGAAGUUCAAUCGCUGUUCACCAAGCUGCGUGAACAUGGCAUUGAUGUGGAUAAGAUCAUCGAGCUGGUUGCUGGAUUCUUUGGAUGGGGUCGAUUCUACUAA